AUGGGACCGCAAAUCAAAGGAGCACACUCCAAAAAGCGGAAGCUGGCCAGCCGAGUGGAGGAAAUCAACUUUGACGAUUCCGACCGCCAUCAGUUCCUGACUGGCUUUCGCAAACGAAAACAACAACGCAUAAAACAUGCGCAAGAAAUUGCUGAGCAAAAGGCGCGCGAGGCGAAGAGGGAAGAUCGAAGAAGGAUGCGCGAGGAGCGAAAUGCGGAAUUCGAACGGGCACUUGCGGAACACAAGAAGCAGUUAAAAAGACUUAAACAAGCGGACGAAAGCGGCGACGAAGCUGGAAGUACGUCAAGCGAAGCCGAUGAAGACGAGUGGGACGGAUUCGAAGAACCCCCAGCGGUGGACUACGAAGCCGAAUAUAUCGAUGAGGACAAAUACACUACGGUUACGGUCGAGGAGAUGGAUCCCUCGAAGGAAGGUCUUCUACAAUCCGACGAUGACAGCUCGGAUGAGCGACCGAAGGAGCAACCAGAACCGUCCGAAGACGCCAAGUCAACAGAAAAGCCCAAGGCCAAGAAACAGCAAGAUAACAAACUGAAGAAGAAAAAGAAGAAGUUCCGAUACGAAAGCAAGGACGAGAGAAAAGUCACCAGGAUGAAGGAGCGGAUGGCGAAUCAUAGAAAGGCCAAGGCGCGGAGAGAACGGUGA